AUAAAGAAACAGGCGGUACAUAUAUGUGUGUAAAGCAAAAAAAUGGAGUUUUUGAAGAAGAAAGUGAUAAGAUUGUUGAUAUUAAUAGCAUGCGUGGUUGGUUGUUGUUCACAAGUGGAGGCGAGAGUUAGGCAGUAUAAAUGGGAGGUGAAGUACGAGUUGAAGUCUCCCGAUUGCUACAAGAAACUGGCAAUCACUAUCAAUGGAAGAUCGCCGGGGCCGAGCAUCGUGGCUCGAGUAGGAGAUACAAUCGUUGUUCACCUCAAAAACAGUUUGAUCACUGAAAAUGUUGCAAUCCAUUGGCAUGGGAUUAGACAGAUUGGUACACCUUGGAUGGAUGGAACAGAAGGGGUGACACAAUGCCCAAUUCUGCCUGCUGACACUUUUGUAUACAAGUUUGUUGUGGACAGGCCAGGAACAUAUUUGUAUCAUGCACAUUAUGGUAUGCAAAGAGAAGCUGGCUUAUAUGGGUCGCUUCGAGUAUUGCUUAAGGAAGGAGAGUCGGAGCCAUUCCAAUACGACUAUGAUCGAAGUAUAAUCCUCAAUGAUUGGUACCACACCAGCGUCCAAGAACAAUCUCUUGGCCUCUCUUCAAUUCCUUUUGUCUGGGUUGGAGAGCCUGAUUCAAUCUUGAUCCAAGGGAGAGGGAAAUUCGAUUGCAACACGCCGGGCAUCGCGGCAGCGCUAUGCAACGCCUCCAACCCGGAGUGUGCACCUUACGCAAUGACGGUUGUACCGGGCAAGACCUACCGCCUCCGGAUCGGCAGCUUGACGGCUCUCUCCGCCCUGAGCUUCGAAAUCGAAGGCCACAACAUGACCGUGGUGGAAGCCGACGGCCACUACGUGGAGCCCUUCGUGGUCAAGAACCUCUUCAUAUACUCGGGCGAGACCUACUCCGUGCUCAUCACCGCCGAUCAGGAUCCUUCUAGAAACUACUGGGCCAGCGCCAAGAUCGUGAGCCGACCUAGCAACACAACCAACGGCCUCGCCCUCUUCAACUACUACCCCAACCACCCGCGCCGGGACCCGCCCACGGCCCCGCCCGCCGGGCCCCGCUGGGACGACGUCGCCCCCAGGCUGGCCCAGAGCAACGCCAUCAGGGCGCGCCGAGGGUUCAUCAACCCCCCGCCUCAAUCAACGGACCGGACCAUCGUGAUGCUGAACACGCAGAACACGGUGGGCGGCCUCCUCCGGUGGUCCGUCAACAACGUCUCCUUCAACAUGCCCCACACGCCCUACCUCAUCGCCUACAAGCACAACCUCCUCAACGCCUUCGAGCAGCGGCAGCCGCCCGACGGCUACGACGCGGCGGCGUACAACAUCUCGGCCCCCCCGCCGAACCCCAACGCCACCAUCAGCAACGCCGCCUAUCGGCUGAAGUUCAACACGACGGUGGACAUCAUCCUGCAGAACGCCAACACCAUGAACCCUAGCAACAGCGAGACGCAUCCGUGGCAUCUGCACGGCCACGAUUUCUGGGUGUUGGGCUAUGGAAUGGGGAAGUAUAACGGCACUACCGGGAAAUUGAACCUGGUGGACCCCAUCAUGAAGAACACGGUGGCCGUGCACCCCUUCGGAUGGACGGCGCUGAGGUUCCGGGCGGAUAAUCCGGGGGUGUGGGCCUUCCAUUGCCAUAUAGAGUCGCAUUUCUUCAUGGGUAUGGGAGUGGUUUUUGAAGAAGGGGUUGAGAGAGUGGGAGAAUUGCCCUCUUCUAUUAUGGGUUGUGGUGAAACUAAAGGAUUUUACAAACCAUAAAACAAUUAAAAAUCUAAAUGGCUACCUAGGGUUAAUACUCAUCAAUUAUUUUAUUUUUUCUAACGUUUAUUUUAAUAUCUUCGUGAUAAAGGGUUUCUUUAUGUUA